UAAUGGAGGCUUCGUCUCCUUAUUAUGCUCUCUCUCUCAUCUUCUUCCUUUUCCAUUUCUCUCACCAAUCCAUCGGCCAACAGCAAUAUGUGGGAAACGAAACCAGCUGUUCUCUCAACCAUACUUCAAUCUCUAAAGGAUAUGUUUGUCCUGCUCCUUCACACACAUGUCCUUCGUAUUUGGCACUCACAUCCGACCCUCGCUCUGCUAACUUGGCUUUCACCGAUUUAACAUUAGAGAACAGUAUUUUGUUCAGUCCUAGAAGUAACUGCACAUGUUCGGGUCCGUCCUAUCAAGUUGUCGUCAACUACACCGUCAAGAGUGGCGAUAGUUACGAAAAGAUAGCAAAUGAUAUUUUUCAAGGCCUGACGAGCUGCUCGGCGUUGAGAAGUCGAAAUCAUGACGAUGUUAUCAGUACAGGUCGAACAGUCCAAGUUCCUUUGCGAUGUGCUUGCCCUAGUGAAGCUCAGAAAGCUGAAGGGGUCGAGUCCUUGGCUGUGUACGUGCUGCAGCCGAAUGACACAAUUGAAACUGUUGCGAAGGCUUUUGGGGUCGAGGAAAAAAGCAUAUUGGAAGCAAACAUGCUUUCGAAUUCGAGCCACAUCUACCCCUUCACGCCUCUUUUGGUUCCAUUUGGACAGUAAUUUAACGUGCACAAUAUAUCCUUCCAGAUGCAUUGCCACUGAGCCUCAUUCCAAUUUCGAGCUCCUCAAAUUCAUCUUCGCACUCAUCGUGAGUGGAGUAGGUGGUGUAAUGAUAAUAACCCUAUGUUGUUUCUUUUGUGAACUAUUGAAGAAAAGAAGGCACGAGCUUUAUAAGAAAAAGCUUUUCAAGCAAAAUGGAGGUCUUUUAUUGGAACAAAAACUACGUGAAAAUAGGGGGAGAGUUAAAAUAUUUACACAGGAAGAACUUGAACAAGCAACAGGUAACUACAAUGAGAGUAGAUUUCUUGGUCAAGGAGGCUAUGGCACAGUUUAUAAAGGGAUACUCCAAGACAACACCAUAGUUGCAAUCAAAAGGUCAAAGCAAAUUGAGAUGGUUUGGAUCGAGCAAUUCAUUAAUGAAGUUAUUGUCCUCUCUCAAAUUAACCACAAAAGUAUUGUCAGACUUUUGGGAUGUUGUUUAGAAACCGAGACUCCUUUGCUAGUUUAUGAAUUUGUUUCUAAUGGAACGCUUUCUCACCAUAUUCACAAGGAAUGUUCUGAAGAAUCACCUUCUCUUUCAUGGAAAAAUCGUCUCAGAAUCGCUUCUGAAGUUGCAGGAGCUAUAUCUUACCUGCACUCAGCAUCUUCCGUUCCUAUCUUUCAUAGAGAUAUAAAGUCUUUAAACAUACUUUUGGAUGACAAUUGUAGUGCAAGAGUUUCUGAUUUUGGAACGCCAAGAUUUGUGCCAUGUGAUCAAUCUCAUUUGACUACAAAAGUGCAAGGAAGUUUUGGUUAUAUAGAUCCUGAGUACUUUAGAUCAAGUCAAUACACUGAAAAGAGUGACGUGUAUAGUUUUGGAGUUUUGAUGGUAGAGCUUUUAACCGGAAAACUACCGGUCACUUUUGCAAAAGACAAUGAUGGUGGGAAUCUAUUAGACUACUUCAUUUCAUUGGAUCAGGCUAAUCAGCUCGGUGAAGUUCUAGAUAUUACGGUAGCCAGUGAAGAAAGGAGGGAGGUUAUUAACAAUGUUGCAACACUUGCUACGAAAUGUUUAAAAACAAAUGGGAGAAAUCGACCGACAAUGAAAGAAGUAUAUUUAGAACUAGAAGGAAUUAUAAAGUGUCAAGAUUCUUCAGAAAUUAUUGAGAAAGCUCUGUCAAUUGGAUCUUCUUCAUCAUUUUCCCUAGGGGCUGAGGAUGACGAGCUUACAAAUGGUAGUAGCAUCACCCUAUCCAUGGAAACAGGGACUAUAUAAAUAUAUGUACUACCAUUGGAUUUUAUAUAUUUGCAUGUUUUGUCUCUGUAUAUAGUAUGUCAUUAACCCUUGUGUUUUAUGUUGAGUUGUUGUUGUCACAUCUGUUCGUUUCUGACUUUGGAACAAGGAUGAUUUAAGUUUAGAGGUGGUGUGUUUGCCUACAUAGUUUGGUUACGCUAUGAUAGUUGAUGAUAAAGUUCUUGUCUUGAAUGUUAUGAGAACUCUUAAAAUAAAGAAAUUUUAAUUAGUUUGCUAAA